AUGGCGUCUAAUAACAUGAUCAACACGGCCGUGGAUCCUAACGUUGAGGAUGAGCUGUUCGCAAAGGAGGUUGAGGCCGUCAAGAAGUGGUGGAGUGAUCCAAGAUGGAGGUACACCAAGCGGCCCUUCACUGCCGAGCAGAUCGUCUCGAAGCGAGGUCAUCUGCCAAUGCAGUACCCCAGCAAUGCGCAGUCGAAAAAGUUGUGGACCAUCCUGGAGGGCCGCUUCAAGAACCGUGAUGCCAGCUACACCUAUGGCUGCUUAGAACCGACCAUGGUCACGCAGAUGGCCAAGUACCUGGAUACGGUCUAUGUAUCAGGCUGGCAAUCAUCGUCGACUGCGUCUUCUUCCGAUGAGCCCGGGCCGGAUCUGGCAGACUACCCAUACACCACCGUCCCGAACAAGGUGAAACACCUCUUCAUGGCCCAGCUAUUCCACGACCGGAAGCAGAGACAAGAACGCCUCAGCGCCCCGAAAGCUGCCCGAGCGAAGAUGGCCAACAUCGACUACCUACGGCCGAUCAUCGCGGAUGCAGACACAGGCCAUGGUGGGCUGACAGCGGUGAUGAAGCUCACUAAGCUCUUCAUCGAGCAGGGCGCCGCGGGCAUCCACAUUGAGGACCAGGCGCCGGGCACCAAGAAGUGUGGCCACAUGGCGGGCAAGGUGCUGGUGCCCAUCAGCGAGCACAUCAACCGCCUCGUCGCCAUCCGCGCGCAGGCCGACAUUAUGGGGACGGACCUGCUAGCCGUGGCGCGCACCGACGCCGAGGCGGCGACGCUCAUCACGACGACCAUCGACCCGCGCGACCACGCCUUCAUCAUGGGGUCGACGAACCCGAACCUGCAGCCGCUCAACGACCUGAUGGUUGCCGCGGAGCGGGCCGGCAAGAACGGCGACGAGCUGCAGGCCAUCGAGGACGAGUGGACGCGGCAGGCGGGCCUCAAGCGCUUCGACGACGCCGUAGUCGAAGCCAUCAACGCCGGGUCCCUGCCCAACAAGAAGGACCUCGUCGCGCAGUACAUGGCGCAGUCGCGGGGCAAGAGCCACACCGAGGCGCGCGCCCUCGCGCACGGCAUCUUGAAGGUCGACAUCUUCUUUGACUGGGAGGCGGCGCGGACGCGCGAGGGCUACUACCGGAUGAAGGGCGGGUGUGACUGUGCGAUCAACCGCGCCGUGGCGUAUGCGCCGUACUGCGAUGCUAUCUGGAUGGAGAGCAAGCUGCCGGAUUUCAAGCAGGCGCAGGAGUUUGCCGAGGGCAUACAUGCUGUCUGGCCGGAGCAGAAACUAGCCUACAACCUCUCCCCCUCGUUCAACUGGAAGACGGCGAUGCCGCGCGCCGAGCAGGAGACCUACAUCCGGCGGCUCGCGCAGCUGGGCUACUGCUGGCAGUUCAUCACGCUGGCGGGCCUGCACACGACGGCGCUGAUCAGCGACCAGUUCGCCAGAUCCUACGCCAAGGUCGGCAUGCGCGCCUACGGCGAGCUCGUCCAGGAGCCCGAGAUGGAGGGUGGUAUUGAUGUUGUCAAGCACCAGAAGUGGAGCGGCGCUACCUACGCCGACGAGAUGCUGAAGAUGGUCACGGGUGGCGUGAGCAGCACGGCGGCUAUGGGGAAGGGGGUUACUGAGGAUCAGUUUCAUUGA